CAGGGAUAUUUCUUUAGAGCAUGAGGUCUACUUGGCAGCAGUCUUGGUAUGCUGUUCUGAGUAUGUUCCUGUGGGUGCCCUGGGCCUGGUGUGGCGUGGUGGAGGACUUUGACCAUGUGGAGCACUGUAAGGACUAUAUUUACAUGGGCAUACCACCACGGGGCUACCUGGCGGGCAGCAACCUGAAGAAGAUCUGCCAGAUCCUGGAGGACAACCCCCGAUUCGUCACCCUCUAUGACCCCCGCAGGCACAUGCCCCUCUACUCUGCAUACACCUUCAAACGGUCUGACGGGGAGAAGAGCAUGGACCAGCCCUGGAUGUACGAACCACAGCUGGCCUCCAGUAAAUCCAGCAGUAAUAUGGAGGUCUACCCACAGUCGGCUCAGAUGCACAUGCGUCUCAUGGACAGUCAGGCGGUGUUGGAGGACUUUACAGACGUGCCCCAGUAUGUGCGUGGCCAACUGAACCCAGACCAGCACCAGUUGGAGCCCCUCGACAAGGCAGCCACCUACACCCUGUCUAACGUGGUGCCUCAGAUCAGAGAGUUCAACACUGGCCCCUGGGCCCAGCAUGAGGACCGUAUCAGACGACGCCUCAACAACUACUGCCGCGGCACUGCCUAUGUCAUCACGGGAGUUACCUCGGCCGGGAACAUGAUUCGGCGAGACAACCAGGACCGUGUGGGCAUCCCAGAGUACAUGUGGACGGCCUACUGCUGUCCAGACUACGACCACAAUGCCCCCUACCUAGAGCGCUACCACUUUCCUGUGUUUGGGGCCUAUGGUCUGAAUAAUAGGGUCAACAAUGCUGUGGUGGAGGUGCCUAUCAAGACACUAGAGACGUUUCUGAAGGGACGGUUGGACGUGGACAAGAACUACCAGAUCUUCUACAAUGACUGUGUGCCUGAUGACAUGUAGCCAUACUAGAAAAGUUUUGUCUAUAGCUGUAAUGGUGAGGGACAUAAAAGCAAGGUUUUAGUAUUGUGGGAUCAAAUGGUACAUGGUGUGGAUGUAUUUAUUCAUACGUACACCAGAGGGAGCUUCUGUCAAACUUCUACGUUUACAUUGUAGUUACUGGCCCAAUGCUCAUAACCACUAGGCUA